UCUGCAUCCUGUGGUGGCGGCGUGCAGCGGAGGCUGGUGAAAUGUGUGAACACCAAGACGGAGCCUGGGGAGGAGGAGGAGCAUGCCCAUUGUGACUCUGAGCCCUGGCCAGAAAACAGCCAGAAGUGUAACCUGAAUGAGUGUGACAGCGGUCCUGCUGGGCUCACGUGUCUUCGUGACCGCCUCACGUUCCGUUUCUGUCAGACCCUCCAGUGGCUUGGCCGAUGCCACCUGCCCGCCGUGCGGACGCAGUGCUGCAAGACCUGUGGCCGGCGUUCCCGUGGCAACGAGCGCACGUCCCGUCGCUGAGGUCAGCGAUCAAUAUAGGGUGGACACGGUCAGCCACACUCUUACACUCACACGCACAGACAUGGACACGCACAGACAUGGACACGCACAGACAUGGACACACACAUACAUGGACACACACAACACAUACAGAUGAUCAGGUAGCAGCUCUGGACCUGCAAAAUUGCAGCAUCCAUCUUGUCCAUCUGUCAUUGAAGGGUGAAUCUUGAGCUGGAUACACACACACACAAUUUCUCAUACAGGUCUAGUGUCAAAUUGGUAGCUACUCUCACCCUGCUGUCCUGGCUGCUGGGUCAGAGCUGCUGGGUCAGAGCUGCUGGGUCAGAGCUCCUCAGCCGGUGGUGAUAGAGCCACAUUCUCGGGGGCAGGAAAACCAUACCUGAGCUGUGCUUGAUUAGUUUGCCUGGUAUAAUGGAACCAAUGGAAUAAUCCCAAAGGUGCUAAUAGAAUUAUAUCAAGCACUCCUCAAAUAAUGAUUUUACACAUAGUAGGAUGGGACCACAUGACACAACACAAAUUCCUCCAAACUGUAUAAUGAAGAAACAUGGUUGUUGCUCUCUCUACUGUUGAGAUAAUGAUGUAUGUGUUUGUUUGCACUUUUCUCUCUGAUGGAUCCAACUGUUAUUCUGUUUUGAUUGUGACAAAUGUUGCAGCUGGAACACGUGGUUUAGUCAUAUGUCUGAUUCAGCCAGUAGCAACGUGGACUGGAACACGUGGUUUAGUCAUAUGUCUGGUCCAGCCAGUAGCAACGUGGACUGGAACACGUGGUUUAGUCAUAUGUCUGGUCCAGCCAGUAGCAACGUGGACUGGAACACGUGGUUUAGUCAUAUGUCUGGUACAGCCAGUAGCAACGUGGACUGGAACACGUUGUUUAGUCAUAUGUCUGGUCCAGCCAGUAGCAACGUGGACUGGAACACGUUGUUUAGUCAUAUGUCUGGUCCAGCCAGUAGCAACGUGGACUGGAACACGUGGUUUAGUCAUAUGUCUGGUCCAGCCAGUAGCAACGUGGACUGGAACACGUGGUUUAGUCAUAUGUCUGGUCCAGCCAGUAGCAACGUGGACUGGAACACGUGGUUUAGUCAUAUGUCUGGUCCAGCCAGUAGCAACGUGGACUGGAACACGUGGUUUAGUCAUAUGUCUGGUCCAGCCAGUAGCAACGUGGACUGGAACACGUGGUUUAGUCAUAUGUCUGGUCCAGCCAGUAGCAACGUGGACUGGAACACGUGGUUUAGUCAUAUGUCUGGUCCAGCCAGUAGCAACGUGGACUGGAACACGUGGUUUAGUCAUAUGUCUGGUCCAGCCAGUAGCAACGUGGACUGGAACACGUGGUUUAGUCAUAUGUCUGGUCCAGCCAGUAGCAACGUGGACUGGAACACGUGGUUUAGUCAUAUGUCUGGUCCAGCCAGUAGCAACGUGGACUGGAACACGUGGUUUAGUCAUAUGUCUGGUCCAGCCAGUAGCAACGUGGACUGGAACACGUGGUUUAGUCAUAUGUCUGGUCCAGCCAGUAGCAACGUGGACUGGAACACGUGGUUUAGUCAUAUGUCUGGUCCAGCCAGUAGCAACGUGGACUGGAACACGUGGUUUAGUCAUAUGUCUGGUCCAGCCAGUAGCAACGUGGACUGGAACACGUGGUUUAGUCAUAUGUCUGGUCCAGCCAGUAGCAACGUGGACUGGAACACGUGGUUUAGUCAUAUGUCUGGUCCAGCCAGUAGCAACGUGGACUGGAACACGUGGUUUAGUCAUAUGUCUGGUCCAGCCAGUAGCAACGUGGACUGGAACACGUGGUUUAGUCAUAUGUCUGGUCCAGCCAGUAGCAACGUGGACUGGAACACGUGGUUUAGUCAUAUGUCUGGUCCAGCCAGUAGCAACGUGGACUGGAACACGUGGUUUAGUCAUAUGUCUGGUCCAGCCAGUAGCAACGUGGACUGGAACACGUGGUUUAGUCAUAUGUCUGGUCCAGCCAGUAGCAACGUGGACUGGAACACGUGGUUUAGUCAUAUGUCUGGUCCAGCCAGUAGCAACGUGGACUGGAACACGUGGUUUAGUCAUAUGUCUGGUCCAGCCAGUAGCAACGUGGACUGGAACACGUGGUUUAGUCAUAUGUCUGGUCCAGCCAGUAGCAACGUGGACUGGAACACGUGGUUUAGUCAUAUGUCUGGUCCAGCCAGUAGCAACGUGGACUGGAACACGUGGUUUAGUCAUAUGUCUGGUCCAGCCAGUAGCAACGUGGACUGGAACACGUGGUUUAGUCAUAUGUCUGGUCCAGCCAGUAGCAACGUGGACUGGAACACGUGGUUUAGUCAUAUGUCUGGUCCAGCCAGUAGCAACGUGGACUGGAACACGUGGUUUAGUCAUAUGUCUGGUCCAGCCAGUAGCAACGUGGACUGGACCAGCGUACUUAUUUAGCAUACAGUUGUUACACAUUUGUUAACUACAAGAUUACCUUGUAGCUCAUACAAUGCUUUGUAUUGAUAGCAGCUGAUGUAGCGACUAGUACAUGUAGCAUAAGCAACACCACUUGUCAAGUUGGUUCCCAGCUUGUGAACAAUGCUUUAUAAAGCAGCUACGUAGUGUAAUUAGAGUUUCAUGAAUGCUUAUAAAAUGAGUAAAAAAAAAAAAAAGCCAAAUUCUUUGACAAUGGUGCUGCGAAAAUAACCUGGUGCUAGAGGCGGCCUCGAGCGUCAAACUCCGUCAGGUCAGGUGUUGGCUGACCAGUGCCUUUUCUACUUGAAUCAUUCCUUCCAUUAAAGUAUUUGUCUCUAAAUUCUGCCGUUUUAGUAUUUGACAUUUUAGUAUUUGUCUCUAAAUUCUGCCAUUUUAGUAUUUGUCUCUAAAUCUCAGUAGAAUUCAGCUUUGACCUUACGUACAGUAAUGGGAGAAUUGUUCAGUGUACAGGGGAAUAGAAUCAUUAGAAUAAUGUUACUUUUCGCCAUUCUCAGAGAAUUACGGAGGGCAUUGAGGUUUUAGAACAACAGCACAAGGGAGGAAUAUAUGAAUUGCUAAUUUAAGUUAUCAGUGCAUUGCUUUUAUAAAUUAGAAUGAAUCAUUUUGUAUGCCUCCAAGAAUGAGUAUUUCUUCUGUCAUUUUGAUGUAGUGAGUGGCUGUAAUAUUUUGUUUAGGCAAUAUGCAAACACUUGACCCGCCUCAUCCUAAUUUAUGCACUCAGAUGUGUAAUUAUUACUAAUGAUGAUACAUUGUUCUAAGAAUUAAUUUCCUGUCAAAUGUUUCGCUUUUAAAUUAGUUCUUUCAGAAUUCCUUUGUUUUUGAGGAUACUCUGUUAAAAAACAACAAUAUAUUUUCUCAUCAUGGCACUGAUAAAUCAUCAAUACUUACAGUAGUUUCCACUCUGAGACCUUUAUUCUUAUCCACCUUUGUUUUCACCACUUUCUUGACGAUUUAGUUUAUUUUUUAAAUCUGUGACCACUGAGAGAUACUGUAUAUGUGUCACUUUUGAUUUUGAAAUGUAAUUUUUAGUUUGACCAUACACAUUAGAGUUGAUAAUGAUGAUAAAUCUUCAGCAGUCCUUUACGUUUCUAGAGACUCAGAAGCAGUUUAUAUCACUCCUGAUUCAGGGAUCCUUUUAGUCAUGCAACCUGAGGAAAUUAGGAUUUACCACAAGGUUUGUUCUGACAGAUGAAUGAUUAGUCUUGUAAAUGUUUUGCUUUAUAAGUGAUGUAUCCUCUAUGUACAGUCAUAUUUUUCCAGCAGCUUCCCAUUCCUGUAGUGAUGGGACAGAGGUUAUUCUAUGCUCUGGGCUAUAUUGGCACCAUCUGUAAGCGCUGUGGUGAGGUUGAACUCUGACUUCCACCUGAGGUUGAUGGUGAGAACCAGGGCAGAGUAGCUGCCUGAGGCUUUCCUGCAGUGGAUAUGUGGCAUACUACUGUUUGUGAAACAAAGUUUCUAUAUUCGUCUCUAAAGGGCACAGGGAAAGAUCUCUUCUGUUGUUUCUUCUUGCCUCUUAACAAUGUUCAACAGCACUCAAACCCAUCCACUUACAAAAUCCAUUUAGUCAUGCUUUUUUGUGUUCAUCAAUAGUACAUUUAUUUUGUAACAUAAAUGUUUGUACUUUACAUUUUGUAUUUAUACCACUUCAAAUAAAAAUUGUUGAAAAUAAAAA